AUGGUAGCCUCUAUUUCUCCUUUCCGUUUAUCCGCAGCUGUUCUCAACCGCCAAAGUCUGCCGCCUUUCUGUGGGAAAUGUUAUCCACAGAAUUGCCGGUCAAUUUACCGGAGGAGGGGACGAGCGAUUGCUGCUGACAAUUCUAAAAAAGAAGACGAUGAUGUUAGUGGUGGAGACCCUUCGGUUCCUUCAUGGGCUAAGCCCGGUUCAGACGAGCUUCCACCUUGGGCCCGUCAACAAUCCCAGGGAAGCUCCUCCAGCUUUGAAACCCCCUUCUAUGUUUACUUGCUUGCAUCUGCUGUCACUGCAAUUGCGGCGGUUGGUUCAAUUUUCGAGUAUGCAAAUCGAAACCCUGUUUUCGGCGUCUUGAACUCGGACAGUGUGUUUUAUGCUCCGCUGCUUGGUUUCUUUGUGUUCACCGGUGUCCCAUCCUCUGCGUUUCUCUGGUUCAAAUCUGUUCAAGCUGCAAAUAAAGAGGCCGAGGAACAAGAUCGACAGGAUGGAUAUCUCUAG